AGAUGACGGCAAUUAAAUUGAUCCUGAAUUCAGCAAAGAAUGAAGAUUUUAAUUUUUGUUUGCAAUAUGACCCAGCCCUCCAAAUUGAUUUAUUAUAAAUCCUAUCCAGAAGAUGAACUACGAUAUUCAGUCCACUCAUCCUUACCAGUCGUGUGCGCUACUGACCAUAAACUAUCCAGAACUCCGAGAUGAGUCAAUUGAUCAUAGAUUGGCGCCGGUUCACAGACACCAUCGAUUAAAUAAUUAUAAAUGGAAGACACCCCGAUAAGGGCAAGAAAUAAAAAUUUCAUAGUUCAAAUCAACCCACGUCGCCAGACUCUGACGCACGAGCUCCUUUUUCGGAGUCAAAAUCAUUCAAACAUCCCAAAAUCGGAGAUUAUCCGACGCCUACCCCAUUGACGUGGGUUAAGUUCAUCGCUGACUAGUCAUUAGUCGUUGAACUUCAUAAUGAGAAAUCGACUUACUGAAUUCUUCGAUAUUAUAACCACCGACUGCCCACCCAUGGCGCGUCCGUGUUUUCGGGCCGUUUGCCUAGAAAGCAAAGGCAUUUAUCGAGUGGGAGAAUGGCCCAGAGUCACGGGGGUAUACAACAGAGAUGUAUCGGUUGAUCUAGAGGUUAUCUCUGACGCAAAUCGAAGAUCAAGUUUUUGGCGACGCCGCCCUGACAUUUUGUCAGGAGCAAAAAUACCAGUUGGUGCUUGGGUAGAAAUGGGGAUGCGUGAUCUCAUUCGUCUCCGUUUCUCCUAAUGGGAAGCAUUCCAGAUCUUUCUAGAGCGCUCAGCCAGGACGAGAACUCGAGAGAGAGAGCGUCGUGAGUGCAUUGGCCGUAGGCACGCUCGAGUGACUGGUAAAUAAGUAUGUAUACGUGCUGGUCGACCCGUUGGCACGAUUGCUCAUCAUAAUAAUCAGAAGAGUAAUAAGGCCCAAAUGAAAUUCCAUGAUCGUGAUUAAGGACCCUCCGACGUAACCUGUAUUUGUACGUAAACAUACCUGAAGUUACUCAGCGAAUUCAGGAUGAGUCAGUUCGAUUACGUGUAAGGGGGAUACUUAACCUAACUUAAUUGGACGGUCUCUUACUCGGUGGCUACCGAGGAGUCAGAAUUGUUCAAGUGCAUCCUUACAUCGUGGGAUAUCCGGGAUCGCAGCACGACAUCCUCGCCGCCAUUACUAACUAUAGGUAUAGAUAGUUGCAUGCAAGAGAAUAUAUUUCUUGGAUACUAAGAAAGGGCAUCGUGCUGCAGGGAAUGUAGUCGAAGGUCGACGAACUUGACGGCCAAGGACUCGUCCUCGAGGAAUUCUUGGAUGACGUCAGUUUUAGAUAACACUUGAAAAGGUAUGCCCGAAGAUGAUGUGGAUGAGGGUCCACGCUGCUUCAAAGUCGUUGGGACGUCCUUGCGAGGAAAAAAAAAAAAAAGAAUGAAAUGAAAAAUAACGCCGAGUCGGUGAGAAUUAUUGGCAAAAGUUAACGUCUCAGCCAAUUAGCGGAAGAGGAUCCGGUCGUGGGACCAUGACGUAGGCUUCCAAGCUUUGGGAGCAUUUGUUGUGAUAGGACGGGGGGCCUGUACCAGCGAGGCGUCGCGACGAUUUGGCAUCACGUAAACACGACGGCCAGUAUGAGUUUGGAGAAGGCGUGCUUCUUUUUAUUGCGAUCCCGAAUACGUAUUUACACUUGAUGGAUUUGUUGUGUGUAUGGGACUGUAGUAGGACGCACUGACGGGCCCCGUGUCUGUCUGGACUUCGUGAUGGUGGGGUCCCACUAACAGUAACCGUAAGCAUCACCAGGAGUCAGCAUAUAACGAACCGGCUACCAGCUAGAGUCCAGUUCUUUGCGAACGCUUCAGACGACUGGUUCGUACAGCGCGACAACAUUGCUAAAGCUUGAAGGCACGCGUUGCUAUACAAGUCCAAUAAUUAAACUUCACCAUCGACCACAAAGAUACUUGACAACGUACAUCUUGGAUUUCUUUUAAUUCUACCACCCGGUGAACUACGUGGUAUCAGUGAUCAAGCGGCGGACAAAGGAAGAUCGAUUCGUGUGACUUUUCGACGUCUCCUUCGCUACUGUUCUGUUGGAGCCAACAAUGGCAGUACGGUGUUGCGGGAUUUUCAUCGCCAUCAGCAUCCUCGUUCUGUGCUGCGACAUUACGAAAGUUCGUGGAUCCGCCAUUCCCAUGUGGGAAUUUCUCUCCAGGGACGAGAAAAUGAGUCAUCUAUACAGGGUGUUCAGUAGACAAGUGGCGCGUUACUGCGCCGAUUCGUCGAUGCCCGACUGCAACAAAAAUCUACUUGUAUCCGGUUUGCGUAAUCUGGCGACAAUGGAUGAGAAUCUGUUAGACAAGAUGGAUCCUUAUCAGCGUGGCGCACAAGAGAUUAUUUGGCGUGGCAUGAUGAGGAACAACGGUUUUGCAAACAGAAUUGGAACUGAUCUAGAGGAUUCCUAUUACGCUAACGAUGCAGAUCCUCUAGCCAAUUCCGGCAGCGAGCACAAUGGCCUUGCCGAAGAAUCAGCACCAGUGAGCGACUACGUGAGGCCCACGGGGCACACCGGUCCCUAUUUAAUGGGACCAAUGGUGAUCAGAGUCUUUCCGGAUGGUCGUCCGGUUCCUGGUGACUCGAAUCGUCCUCUGCCACGGGACGAAGACGUCGACGACUUGAAGUUCUCGAAACUUCCAUCCAUCGAGGAGAUCGAAGCCAGCAGCGGAAGUCUCUUUUACGGGAAGUCGAAUGUACCUAAGAAGCCUCUAUUUUCCGGAAGUGGCCAGCAGCGUCCCAGUGUCAUUCCUACCACGAGAGGAUCUCAUAGACGUAACAAUCCUUUGUUCGAUAAUCGUCGCAUCGCUGAGAUCUCAAACAAUGCUCGCUCGAUUCGUUUCUAUUGAGCGACAACGGGCCAGAUGUAUGACCGUUGAUACUUCCUCGAGGAGUCCCGUUGGAUUCCGGGCAGUAUUACGUUGUGAAAGAUUGACGAUUGGUUUGGGCAUCGUCGCAGAGUGAAAAAUACUUAUGAAAAUUAGGUGGUGCCCUCUCCAUGAAUGAAAACAAAAGUUUUUUAGAACUUAGAUCUUAAGUGUAACAUUGCGCAUUCCUAUUUAUUUAACUAGAUACCUUUUUACGUCUUUUACACCAGUAAUGUUAUUUGCCACCGUUAGAUGGGACUAGGGUCGCGUCGAACGCGUAAUGGCCUUUCCUCCUUGAGAUCUACUAAUAAUUUUUAUUUGAAUGUUGUUAGAGGCUCGUGGUAAUCUGCGUCAUUGCGCGUUCAGAGGCGAUUCUGGUAUUACUUUUGUAAAUAGUAACCCUCUGAUUGUAUAUAUUAAUUUAUCAUCUUUAAUUCAACGAGCCUUCCUCGAUUAAGACAAUCGCGAACGUCGUGCCGUAAUCGAAGUGUGAUAAUUAAUUUUGAGCCUCGUCGUGCUUCCAAUGCAAUUGUACUUUAACCGAUUUAUAUAUUUAGGCCCAUUCGACAUACCGAGUGACUCGUUUCGAUAAUACGAUUACGGUACAACGUGUCGCAUUCGAUUUGUGAUAAAUUACGGAGUUAAGGCGAUACAAACGUAUGUGAGUUUUAAGUCACAGAAAAAUUGUAUGUCAUAUUGAUAAUACUUUAUCGAGUCUCGAUCGCGUAACAAACUUAGGACUUUUUAUUCUAAUAUUCCUCUUUGUGAUGAAACCCAUUCGUAUUAUUAGCGCUAGUGCACCUCAUUGUACAUAUAAUACGUUGUAUGUAUAUUGAUGGAUAUGUAUAAUUAGUCGUAUUGGGAUGUCAGUAUAAUCAAGUGUCAAUAAGUUAUUUUAAAGGGCCAUCUUUUUAUGGCUCGCGACAGAAAUAAGACCCCCUGGAAAAUUAUACAGAUCUCCCAGUACGAUUGUACAGCAUGUUCUACGAUUACUCAUAGUUAUGCUGUCAUCCAUAUUUAUGUAAUUUCUGUGAAAGAGAAGUGAUCCACAAUUGUAGAACAGUCUGUAUAUAGUUGUAAGAUCAUGUGAAGCGUACAAGGCCUAUCGCUGAAAUACAUUACAUUGUUCAAACUGAUUA